CGCGCAGAUCAACAUCCGAUCCCGACCCCUUCAAAUACAAUCUCGAAGCGUCGAGGGUGUAAAACAGCGCUCACUCUACCGUGGAGCCGAGAGGGAAUACAUAAAAAUAAAUAAAUAAGGGCAAUAUUUUCAAAAUUCAAAUGUAUGCAGUCUUAAACAGUACAGGUAAUAUCGUUUCAAGGUUUUUCACCAUUUCAAACGCACUGAGAAAGCGAGAACAGACCAUUCCUAUUGAGUGGAUCCUGAAGCGAGAUUUACCAGGACUCGUCACGCUUGGAGAAUGGGGUGCAGAACACUCGUUGUAACGAUCGUCCUCGCCUGCGCGCUGCGAGUUUACCUGUCUGAAGGCGCCCCGGCGGAUGUACAGAGCGGCGAGGCGGAGCAGGCUGGGCUGUUGGACCGGUACAGGUCGUGGUUUGAUAACCUGGAAUUCACGGCUCCUCUUAGCGGUUUCGCGCAGGCGUACUACGAAGAUCACAUCAGACCUGUCACCUUGCCCCUGGUGAAAUGGGUUUCGGAUAAAGUCGAUUAUGCCUGGAGCUUCGUGUUUUAACCAAAAAAAGGAGUUCUGGAAUUAAUGCAUUAAUAAAAAAAUGACAUUUUCUUUU